AUGUGGACAGUGAACGCAAUAACAAAGUACGAGCCAAACGGUGACGAGUAUUAUGCGGUGAAAAAUUCCCGUAAUUUUACCGGUAAAGUAGUUUUGGUGACCGGAUCCACGUCCGGCAUCGGCGAAGGUAUUGCCAAACUGUUUGCCAUAUUAGGGGCCAGUGUUGUGGUCACCGGUCGGCGCGCCAACGAAGCCCAGAGAGUGGCUAAUGAUAUCCAACAACUAUCGCCUAAUAAACAAAAACCGUUAGUAGUGGUGGCGGACAUCACCAAAACGGAGGACACGGAACGGCUGAUGAACAAAACGAUCGAGAAGUUUGGCCAACUGGAUGUGCUGAUUAACAAUGUGGGCGCCGGCGUCUUCACCACCAUCAGAGAUGACAAAUUCCUCGAUGUCUACGACUAUACAUUCAACGCCAACGUCAGGUCUGGUCUCAAACUCAUCCAACUGGCCGUCCCAUACCUGGAGCUGACAAACGGCACAAUCAUCGGUACGUCGAGUAUAGCCUCGCAGUUGCCGGCGUUGACUCCCCUGCCGUACGGCGCCUCCAAAGCCACGCUAGACUUCGCCACCCGAGCCCUGGCCGUCGAGUUGGGCCCCAGAAUCCGUGUGAACGCCAUUAGCCCUGGCUUUAUAAUGACGGAGGCGUUGGUAAAGUUAAUGCCAGAGUCGGUGAUUAAAAUGGGCACAGAAAAGGCCUUGCUCAAACGGGUGGGUCGUGUGGCCGAUGUGGCCAAAGCAGCCGUGUUUUUGGCCUCAACCGAUGCCGCGUUCAUUACAGGCACUAAUCUCUAUGUGGACGGAGGCAUUAUUAAUAAUAUUUGA